AUGAAUAUCCGUAAAAAAUAUCCACUAGAUAAAAAUAGUCGGAUAUCUAUUAGAUCAUCCAACGAAGAUCCAAGAAUGAUAAUUGAAGUACCUUAUUUUUUAAUUGCACAGAUUGAAAAAGCUUAUUGGCAACGCCAUCAAACAAAUAAAGACACUUCCGGUGAAAUUCCAGAAAAGGACACUUCCGGAAACCUUCAUCAAUACUCUGGUGAUGAUUCAGCUUCGGCGAAAAAACUUCAAUCAAUUUAUGGUGACAUGUGGGAAAUUUAUAAAGGACCUAUAAGAACUAUAUGGUUGGCUAGAAAUGAUUUAUUCGAAAAAGUCUUUAGCCCUUCUACAAAAAAUGCAUUCCUUAUUCGUGCAUUACCAAAUUCUGGUCUUGAAGAAUUUAAUACUACUAAGAUCGGUAUGACUUUUAAUAGUGAUUUAAAGGAAUGGUCUUAUAAUCGUAAAUUUAUGAAUAGGGCUAUUAUGUCUCCUAAUUUCAUUAAAGAAGUUGUUGAAGGGACUCAAGAUAUUUUUAGUGACAUGGAAAAUUGUUGGCAAAAUCUUCGGAAAAAUCAUGAAAAAAGUGAUAAAAUUGUUAAUAUACAAAAAUGGAUAUUACUCGCUACUUCUGAAUCUAUAAUUUAUUUAACUUCUCACAGAAGAGCAUAUUCUGUAAUCAAUUAUUACAACAAAUUAUCUCCUACUGAGAAGUUUGACAUCCCUGUUGGCGCAUUAGAAGAAUCCGAAAAUUAUAUUGCAAAUAUAAGAACAUAUAUUAGAGCUAUGGAAUUUUUUUUUACUACUCCAAAGUUUAUUCGAAUUCUCCCUGGUGUUCGGCAAUAUGCUCAAAGUUUGAUCAAUAAUCGAGAUUUGUUAUAUAAGUUUUUAACCCAAAUAAUUCAAGAACGCAGAGAAGAGAUAGAAAAAGCUUCUAAUAAAAAAACUUUGUCAUCAGAUUUGUUAACUUUAUUCUUGACAACUAAUACUUCUCACGAUAUUUCAAAUGAACGCGUGGUUAAAGAGUUAGAAACUAUCUUUGGACGUGAUCCAAAUUAUCGUUUCACAGCAGAAGACUUGGCUAAGCUGAGUUAUUGUGAGGCUGUUAUUAAAGAAGAAGCUCAAUUUGCCCAAACUCAACAACAAUGUGAGGACGCACAUGAUUAUGACGAAAUUAUUAUUAAUCCAAUUUAUGAGGAUCAGGAAGUUUGUCAAAUAAAAUCUAAUGUAUUAGACGAGCACACUAUUGAAAGGAACCUUAUAUUAAAAAGAAAACGACAAAAUUUGAGAGAAGGAUUUUUGACUCCUCUAAAUAAGGUUAGAAUUUUUGAAACGGGAUACAAUAGUGAUCCGGAACUUUAUAAUGGAGAAUAUUCUUUAUCGGACUCUAAAAUUUUUAUCAUUAUGAUUUCUUAUAGGUGA